GAGCAAAACCCACUUGACACUUGAGAGCUGCUCAUUCAGUUGACACGUGUUGCAUUGGUGUUUCCUGUGGGGGGACACACUCGAACAACAACAAUUGCAGAUUAAAAGUUCAAAACCAAGCUUUUACUCGCGAAGUCCUGAGUAGAAGAACGAGAGCAGAGGUGCAUCAUGGGGGCAUCGUCUUCUGGCUUGUUGGAUGAGGCCAAAAUCAGUCACAUCAAAGGUCUUGUGGACACUGCUUUCAAGAGCUUCAGUGUGUUUUAUCGUCAGCAGUACCCUGUGGCCUAUUUUGAUCACCUACACCAAGAGGUGGAGCCGAACAAAGAGGGGAAGAGCCUCCUGCUCACACACAGGCCUCAGUUUGCUCCAGAGCAGGUGCUGUACCAAGGGAACGUUAAGGUCUCCUGCUUGGAUGAACAAGGAAAGAAAUGCAAAGAGAAAUGCAUCGUCCUAAGAAGAAACUACAAAGUUGAAAUGCAUGAAAGCGUGGAGACAUUCAAUCGCGGUUGUGCAGCUAAAUUGGUCCUCCAGCCAGUGGGGGGCAGCGUGCUGACCACACAGGAGGAGUCCAGGGCUUGCCUGGAGGAAGAGUAUGCUGGGAUACUUAGUGGAGUGAAGGAAGAUUCUUCUUUGGUGGUGCCAUCGCCAGAUGUUUUUGCAGUGUACCUGCACCUACCUUACACCGGCCACACAUGCUUCCUUUUCAAAGAGGAAGAAGAACGAGAUCACUUCCUGUCCGCCCUCAAUACCUGCAUAAGACACCAGAACCUUGACCCCUGGUAUAAACCAUUUUAUGAGAGUCAGGCGUACAUCAGAGCACUCCAGCUCUAUCUUCAGGAUGAGGGGCGCUAUGAAUGCUGGGAAAGCCUACUGGGCACCGAGGAGCAGGUGCUGGCCACACAGGUGAUGGAGGGGGUGUUGCCAUGGCUACAGAGUCAACUUCAGGCCAGACUAAGGGGAAAGAAAGCUGAGAGGAUACGUCAGUGGAUGGCAACGGUGCAGGCAACCUACACAUUGGUGCUGGAGCAGCUAACUGCAAGUCUGGAGGCUCUGAGGGAGGAAUGUCGUCAGGCAGCAUCGGCCAAUCAGGGACUUAUUAGAUCCAAUCUGGACCAGAUCAUAUCUUCUCAGAAUUUCCUGGAGCAAAAAGUUCGAGCGUGUUUAUAUGAAGAUGCAGAGAGGGAGUGCAAUGAGUGUGUAGCUCCCUACCUGUCCUCCAUCCUCGAAGUGCUCACUGAAAACAUCAGUGCAGCAAUUCAGGAGAUGCAAAACACUUUCCACACACAGAUGGACUCAGCACUAACGUGCACAAACGGGGGGAAAGAGGCCACAUUGAAGGCCUUGACCACUCUGAGCUCCAUCCGUCUGGAUCGGUGCUACACGCAGGUGACGAAGCUCCAAGACAAGCUUGAAGACUUGAAGGAGCGCUUUGGAUUGAGGAGCAGUCAGAAAAUGGUUCACUCUGCACAUUUAGAGAUGGAGCAGCUGUUGGACAGUGCUGCUUACACUUUAGAACUGUUCCUCCAGUCAUCGGCCAAACUGCAGGCUUCUCAGACGCCUCUCAAAAUGGACCGGGCUAAGGGAAGAGUGCUGAAGCAGCUGGACCACGACAGCCGGGUCAUCCAGCGGCGUCUCUACGAGGAAGCCCUGCUGGAGAUCACUCUGCCUGCUCUCACCAGGAAGAUGGACAGCAAGUGGAAAAGUGAGCUGCAGCAGUUUGAGCAGCACAUUUUCUCUGACUACAGCAACUUUAUCCUGGUUCGUAACAUCUAUGAUGAAAUACUGAGAAAGCUUCUCAGUCAGGUGAUAGCGACAGUUGUCCAAGAUGCUGCCUGUAAGAAGAGUAACAAUCUGCUGCUGGACACUUCAGACCUGACCAUCAGUCAGUACAGUCUGCUGGCACAGACGCCCCCGCGUUCUGCACCGGACAGCCCGGCCAGCCACACACGAGAUGCAUCCUCAGCUGUACCUGAACAAAAGAAAGAACCUACCUCUGAGGAGGAGAAGGAAGGUCCAGUGGGUGAGACAGAGGACAGGAGAGAUGACAAGCCUCGUCCCAGUGCUACUCCGGAUCACAGUACAAUGCUUCCAUCUCCUGUGAUCAUUGUGACACAGCAGUGUGAUGAAUCUACAACAGAGACAUCUUGCAUCAGUGAAACCAGUGAAGGCGUUCAACUUGGAGUCGAGGAGGCAUCGACAACAGACUCAGCUACAGCUGAGUCUAAGUGUGACACGCCUGUUUCAGGAGCAUAUGAAACUGGAAGAGCUAAACUCAAUGACAGCCCCGAGCCCACAGAAUCAUCUUCACCACCCUCCACAGAUGUUCCAGUUGAAUGCGCUCAACCUACAGACCUCAACCAAACAUCAGAGGACAGUCCCAGCCCUCCGGCAUCACCGCCGCCCUCUACAAAGAUCUGCCUUGGGACGCUAAGUGAAGCCAUUGGUAGUGGCUCAGCACAGACGACUGUGCAGCAGAUCACCGACAGAGCUGUCUACUUGACAGGCGAGAUGAAAGACGACUGGGAGAAAGAGAGAGCGAACGAGAAGAAAGAGAAAGAAGCAGCAGAAGAGGGGAUUGAAGAAAACGAAAGCGAGAACGGAAAGGAAACAGAGAAGAAUGGAGAAGGGGGAAUGAAAGAAACAGGGGAUGAGGAGCUUUUCACCACCGUUCAGCCACCUGAGCUGCAGCCAGAGGGCUCCAUUCAGGCGCCAGAGGCCAGCUUGGCUCUAAUCAGAGACCUAGUGACCGAGAUCACAGAGGUGGAGGUGUUAAUCAGCCCCUGUCCCGACAACAGCGUCUCACCCUGAGACAUCAGUUACCAGACAUCUGUACUAAAUGAGGAAGAUUCUGUAUACAGCUAAACAGAAAAAAUAUUUUAUACUAAUGCAUGCCUGUUAUUAACACCAGCUCUUUCUUUUCUCAAUGAAAUUAAUUAAAUAAUAAAGAUACCAUGUUUGUA